UCAAACUCAACGGCUGCACUCCUUAUAUGGUCAUUGUACGUUCAGCCCUUUCAUUCCGGCUUUUUAUGCUAAUGAUAUUCUAAUGACAGCUGUAUGCAGUAGUAGUAAGAGCAUGCGCAGUGCGAGAAAGGAAUACGGCGAAGAUUCAAAGUUUUUGUUCAAUCUUUGCCAUAACCCCUACCAACAAACAGAUUAUGUUUGGCUUUCACAAGUCAAAGAUCUACCGGAGUAACGACGGCUGUUGCAUCUGCAAGACCAAGUCAUCCAGUUCACGCUUCACAGACAGCAGUCGAUAUGAAGAGACAUUCGGGCUCUGUUUUGGGUUGUCAGAAGAUCGUGUUGGAGACAUUUGCAAUGCCUGUGUGUUACUGGUGAAGAGGUGGAAGAAGCUACCUAAUGGCUCCAAGAAGAACUGGAACCACGUGGUGGAUGCCAGAGCUGGUCCAGGCUUCAAGAUGACAAAGCCCAAGAAGAUCAAGAACAGUGAUGGGAAGAAGAAAAGCAAGCUAAAGAAGCUUCACAAGUUAAAGAGACAAACAGACUCCGAUGCCCACAGCACGACCUCCAGUGUGUCUCCUGCACAGUCCCCCAGUUACAGCAACCUGUCAGAUGAUGGCUCAGACAUCGAGUCCAAACAAAGACGCCCGACUCCCUCCAUCUUCUCUUUCCUGGACCGUUUGUACUGGAAAAGGCAAAAGGUGUGCUGUGGGAUUGUCUAUAAGGGGCGGUUUGGAGAGGUGAUUAUUGAUCCUCGACUCUUCAAGCCUUGCUGCAGUUCCAAAAAACUGGCGUCCACACAAGUGGCCGCACACCUUCCAGACACACUUCCUCCACAACUCCCAGAAGACAUGAAAGAAACCUGGUGAUUGCUUUUGUUUAAUCCCCUUGUAGGGUUGUCCAUGGCAUCCACCUGGAUUUGUCUCCAGUGGCAGACCUCCCAUUUCCACUCACCCAAUUAGAUCAGUUAGUUAGUUCUUUACUAUGUAAUGUUCCUUUUUAUAUGGGUAUUUUUUAACUUUUGUAUAGAAUUGAUUUAUUUUAUUUUUUUUUUUAUAGAAAGCAAAAAGGAAAAAAAAAAAAAAAAAAAAAAACGUAUUAUGGGCAUUAGUGUUAUUUAUAGGUUGAGGAAGCAAAUUUUGUUAAGGCUCCAGUUCUGAUUUGGAAUUGUUUUUGUUUAUUUUGUAUUAAGUAAUCAACGUUGUAAAUAUUUUGUCACCUUUUCAUACAUAUCAAGACUGUUCUAUAUUUUUUUUUCAUAAUUUCUAAUUUUAAGUGUGCAUAUGAAAGUCACCAGCUAUUCUAAUACCAGCUUUUUUGUUUAUGUUGGAGUGGCUCUUCAACGUUGCAGCAAUGUUUUGUCUUAUCUUAUGUUAGUUUCAUAUGUGCGAAUGCGUGAGUCUGUAGGAUUUGUUGUACACAAAUGGCUGUUGGUCACCCCAGGGGACAAUGUCACCCCAUGAUCAUGGUCACCCCAGGGAUCAUUAGUACAACUGUUCUCAAUGAAUUUAAUAAGCUUUUAAUGUGUGUAUAGAUAAGAACGCUUAAGCAUGCUACAAAAAACACUCCAUUUAGAUUUUCCUAUCAGUUGGUGCACAUUGACUUGGAUAGAUGUGGUUAGCCCAUGCAUGCAGGACAUUCCUCUGCCUUUUGGAAUGACAAAAGUGAUUUAUUUAUUUCUUUUGUACAGCCGCUAAUGAAUUUACAAUGCAUGUUGUAAAGCAAAUGGAUUUUGUAAAUACACAAUGUUUUGGCUCUUGGUACAUCAAACCUUUUUUAAAUUACAGGAAAAGCGAACCACUACUUCUGUAAACAUGUUUUUGUGUGUGAAAGGUGCUAAAAACAUACUUUUACGCUAAGCCAGUUGAUAGGUAUUAUCACAUUUUAUCACAUUUUCACAUCUCAUUUUCUCAGGCAUAUUUCUGUAAAGGUGUGCAAAGCUGUAGCUUGUGCUCUGCGGAAAUAUUUGUAAACUGCAGGGAACGGUAAAUGGUUAAUUGCGGCAACAGUAAGCUGCAAUAUUCCUUAUUUGUUUGAUUGCUAAUUGCAUUUAAUGGUCAGAAACAGAACCUACAGGAAACACAUGACCUGUGUUUUAUGGUUACACUACAUUUUUGCUAGAAAAUGCUUUUAGAGAAAAUGUGUUUGCCAUUUCUGUGAUUUAUCUUCAGAAGCAAUUGUCGAAUUUCAAACUAUGCAGACAUUUUGAAUGUGAGAAAUGCUCUGGGGGUGUCUAUCACUCACGCUAUAACAGUUUAAAGUGAUGGAUUGUUAUUCAACCAAACUGGCUUGUAAAAAGCAUCUAUUAUUUCAGCAAUGACUUAACAUUUUCCUAAUCAAAAUUCCAAAUUGUUGUAUCAAGAUAUUUCUUGUGUAUGUAAAGUUAAAAAAAAUAAUGCUCAGAUUGCACAGUUUUAGCCAUGGUGCAUACUGUCUCUCAAAUUAAUACUGUAAUGACUGUUUUUUGCAUUAUUGUAAUCAAUCUCAAACUU